AGUUUCAAUUCAGCGGUGGUCUGUGACACACGUCUAGUCGAUUCAAUUGAUAAAUCCGUCGGAUAUUUUUAUUGAUGGGUGGAAAAAGCUAAAUAAGUGUUUAGUGUUCGUGAUCCCUCUGAAAGAAACAAUUUUUUCCUGAUUAGAAAAAAUGUGAAAUUUCGGAUUUUCUAAAAGCUACAUUGAAGUUUAAUUUGUGGUGCAUCACGGACGAGAUUAGGAAAAAACUUAUCAAUCAUGGAAGAGUUACCGUCGGCUGUUGAAAGUCCCCCUGGAGAAACAAAAAUCUCCCGGAUACCCAAACCUUUCUCCAUAGAGAGCCUCAUUGCAACAACACCAUCAUCCUUUUCAACAUAUCCCGAUACAUCCUUUGACUCUCAUCCCAAUCAUCUAACACCUCUACAUCCACCUGCAACGCUCCCACUACCUAAUUUUCCCCUCUAUACACAUCCUUGGCUUGGCUACCUAACCCAGCACUUCCUGGACGGAUCAACGGAUAAUCCGGCAUCGCGAGAAAAAUUGUCUGAAAUGUUUCUCGAUCCGCGGUAUGCUCUACUCAAUGCUACAGCAUCGGAUCGGGAAAAAUUGGCGCAGUAUUUUGUGAAUAAUAUCAAUAAAGCAUCCCCAUCGAUCCUCGAAUCAGGGGGUAGAAUGUCGGAUUUUAUCAUAACAGACUACCCACCCUUUCCGCCUGGUGAGAAUGCUGCAAAAUUUCCCGACGACCGUCGUGUGGCUAUGCAAGGUUUUCCCACGAAGAUUGAGGAACACGAAAAGGCAGGGGUUGAUGUUGAAAGUACGGAUUCCUGCAGCGAUUUAAGCAUGACCAUGUCACCAGAUGGAAGUCACAAAAACCGAGAUCUAUGUCCGUCCGAUUCCGAAUGCUCAGACGAUGGAAAUGUCAAUUUAAGUGGAUCUUCUGGUCACCAUUCCACAAAUGCAGAUGGUGGAAAACAAUCAGCGUCUGGGAAUGCAUCAAAAUCACGCCGAAGACGGACAGCAUUCACAUCGGAGCAGUUGUUAGAGUUAGAACGUGAAUUUCAUGCCAAAAAGUACCUUAGUCUUACGGAGAGGAGUCAAAUUGCAACAACACUCAAAUUGAGUGAAGUUCAGGUAAAAAUUUGGUUUCAAAAUCGACGAGCAAAGUGGAAAAGGGUAAAAGCUGGACUCACAUCGCAUGGACUCAAUCGCGGAUCAUCGGGAAGUACUUCAGGUUCCGCGAAUAAAAUUGUCGUUCCCAUUCCCGUCCACGUGAAUCGUUUUGCUGUUCGAUCGCAGCAUCAGCAUAUGGAGAAAAUGGGUCUCAGUGGACCAAAGCCGGAUUUGAGGAAAAAUCCCUCAAUUGAUGUGAGUGGUUUUGAGCGUUUUAACAUGGAGAUGGGGAUGAAACAGAAAAAUUUCUAAUAAUCCCCCACAAAAAACUGAGCAAAUAACAAUUAAUUGUAAAAAUGAAAACCAACUAAACUAAUUUUUAGUUAAAAAAAUAUUUUAUCUUGUCAAGGAAAAAAAAGUGUACAGAAGUGUAUAGAAAGUUUAUUUGCACAAUAAAAAUAACGAUUUUUUCUAA